UCUGUUCUGCAUGUGAAAUCUCGAGUUACCAAAUGAGCUGAAACGUGAUCAAACACCUAUAAUUUCUUUCUAUUCCUUUCAUUCUUGUUACUUUGUGAAUAAAGGAAACCAAUGGCAAGGCUUGGUGAUGAUGUCUAUCAAUGGGAUGUCGAACAACUAGGGAACUGGCUUCGCAGCGAAGGAUUUGAUGAUUGUGUUGAGACAUUUACUUGGAAAAAAAUUGAUGGCUGUAAAUUAUUGAACUUAAGUGAUGUUGACUUCAGAAGCCUUCAUAUUUCACACGAAAGCAAAAAGAAACUUAUAAAAACAGUGGAAAAAUUUAAGAAAAGAAAAAAAGGAAACAUUGACAGAAUGUUUGGCAACAAAGAUCAAGCUCAGCGAGUUCCUACAAGAAAGACUGCAUCAUUCAGUCAUGAUGAAGAAGAAAGUGACGGCGAUGGAUGGGGAACUGAUGAAUGGGAUAGUUCAGGAGAAGAAGAUAAUAAUGAGUCUUCAGACGGGGAAUACUUAGAGCCAGAAGAUGACUUUUCUAAACCUACAGGAUCACCAUUUAAAAAAGAAGCCCCUUUAUUUCAAGCUGGACUGGUUGCACAGCUAAGAGAAGGCAUCGCAGAGAGUCUCAGAAGAGGUGCAGCACCACAGCAAGACGACCAGUAUUACGAGGGCGAAGACGAAGACAUAUAUGACGAGCCCCCGCAAGAAGAGGAUUUAGAAAACGAAGAUCUUUAUGAAGAACCAAGUGAUAGCUCUGGGGGAGCUGUUGUUGUAAGGCCACCACCGAAGCCACCACGAAUAGAGAAUGGACCAGCUUAUUUAGUAACAAGGGGAGAAGAGUCCCAGGAUACAUAUGAAGCACCCAUUGAAGGAGAAGAUCUUUCACAAUCUCCUUCAAAUAAACAAAGGUUUAUUCCCACUAAAGUACAACCACAACCACAAAGAUACAGAGGUGGCCAACAAGACAUGAACAGAAACAACAUUGCAAGACAUCAAGUCCAAGAAUUUUCUGAUGAUGAAUAUGAAGUUCCUGAGACCAAAACAAAGAGUUCAGCUGAAGUUCCACCACCAAGACCCCCAAAGAAUCUUGGCACACCAGCUUCUACUCCAAGCUCAACUCCUGCCCGUCCACCCAAGCAAAAGUCAAAUCCUCCAAGCUCUAUAAGUAGUACACAACCACAGAAAACUGUCUUUCGCAAACCUCCAACAAGUAGCCAAGCUCAAGAAUCAUCUCAAGGGAAUUCCUUUCCACAACAACAAAAGUCCCCCCAGCAUAAGACAAGUGGCUAUCCACAGAGACAAGGUGGGGGCUUACCAUUACRGGGGGGAGCACCAAGAAGUCCAGGACACCUGCCCAACAAACCAACAUUACCAUCAAAACAAGGUUCACCUAGUCACUCAAAUGCUUUUCCAGAUCCUGCCCGUCAGCCUAAGCAAACAUUUUCAGCACAUGGAUCMGCUUUCCAGGGAAUACCAAUGCAAAAACCUCAYCUAUUACCCAAAAAAACAAAACCAGUUCCUUUGCCAACCAAAACUUUGCCAACAGAGGAAAAAAGAACACCCAAACCCAGACCAAAACCUUCUGAUCCAAUAAAACGAGAACCUGCACCCCCACCAGGUGCAGAACCACCAAGGAAGCUCUCUGGCUCCAAGACAGGACCUCCAGAUAGUCCAACAAGACAUGAACRUACACCACGGAAAAAAUCUGAUCCACCAUCUCCACACAUUAUGGAGCGAAGGCCUGAAUGUCCAAAGCCUCAACUUCCAGUAGCAACACCAGAUGCUGGAAGAAUAUCACCAAGACCAUCGACGCUUCCAGUUGGAAGGGAUCAACCUCCYCCAUUACCUCCAAAUAUUCCUUCAAAGAGUGGUACUGGACAWCAACACAGGCGUUCUGGACCYCUUCCAGUUGCUCCAGGGCAAGAACGACCCCCAGAACCACCUCCAUCWGAGCCUGCUGCYCCUCCAAGACCCCCAAAGAAAGGGACUCCUCAACCAGCAACUCCUCCAAUUAGGCAAAGUGCUGGAGACAAAAAGGGUGUCCCACUCCCUGCACCUCCCACUGCCUCUUUUCAAAGUGCCAGAGAUGCUAGAGAACAGUCAUCAGGUUCAAGCUUAGAGUCUGGGUCCGCUGAUGAACCUGUUGUACAGUUACCCUCUCCAAACAGACCACUACCAGGUGGUCGUCGUAAAGUUUUACCUCAAACUCCAACAGAAAAGAGUGCUCUUGACACAAUGAAGGAGGCCCCAUGGUUUCAUGGAAGUGUUGAUCGCAAAAAAAGUGAAGCCAAUUUGAAACUAACCAAUAUGGAUGGAGCCUUCCUUGUCAGGAACAGCACAAAAAAUCCCAACGACUACUCAAUGUCACUUCUACAUCAAGGAAARGUAGUACACUUACAAAUUCCUAAAAAAGAUGGACAAUAUGUUUUAGGAGCAAGCGGUAUACAGAAAUUUAACACCAUAAUAGAGCUUGUAGGACAUUAUAGACAAAAUGAAGUGGAUCUUAGAAAGGGAGGAAAAACCAAACUAACCAUUCAUGCACAGAACAUUUCUUGAUACAUGGAUGGGUAAAUGGCUGACAAAGGUGUACAAGGUCUAAUAUGGCACUUCAUGCCCAGAAUAUCACAUCUAAAUUGACUGUGCUAGUCAAGCCACUAAAUGGCAAGAAAGUACACAUUUCUGAUGAGUGUUUAUAUUAGAAAAAUAUUGAAAAUUAGUUUGGCAAUCCUGAGACAUGCUCCCAUAUGCUAUAGGCCUGGAUUCUAAGAGUGGCUGCAACUAACUCUCAUCCUGCAAGAGCUGAUACAACAGACUGAUGCAUAUGUACAAGAAGUGCUGCUAUUAUACAUUAUUAAUUCAGCCGAUGUGUGUUUUGAAUACAAUAUAGGAUUAACAUAUGGAUAUUGGUUAUUCUGUCACUGAACAAAUGUUAUAUAUGAGCUAGGUGAUAUAGUAUGGCAGAAGAAAGAAAUCAAUAUAAUUAUGCAUCAGGAGAUGAUUGUUUGGAGUUAACAGAUUUUUAAAAUAUGUACAGCUACAAUAUAUAGUAUUUUUAUAGCUAGUUUUGUAUUAUAAUUAUUGCAGUUUAUAAAAGCACUUAUUACCGUUACUAUCAAUAUGCACAGGGUAUUCUAUUUCUCAAAUCCUUUGAAUAAAUUUCUAAAGAGAAGUUGAAGUUGAUUCAAAGUAAAAACUUUACAUUGAAAUGAUUCUAGUUCAAGACCUUUAUUAAUUGAAAUAAAUCAAAUUUAAAAAUGCA